AUGGCUGUGCACACGAUUGCUAUCAUUGGAGGACUCGUGACUGAUCUGUUGACCAUCGCCGACCGUGUGCCUGACAGGGGCGAGACCAUCACCUCUACCCGCUUCUCCACGCACCAUGGUGGCAAAGGGGCAAAUUCCGCCGUCGCAGCGUAUCGGCUCAGCCAUAAUAAUCCGAAGAACAGCGGCCACACUCCGGUAAUGGGAGGCGAAACUCAAGUCCGCAUGAUUGGUGCCGUCGGAGCCGAUGAAUUUGGCCCUCCUCUCAAGGAGAAGUUAACAGCGAGUGGUGUGAACACUGACGGCAUUCGCGUUGUCAAAGAUCAACCAACUGGGGUGGGAGUUGUCCUUGUGGAGGAAGAUUUUGGAGAGAACAGGAUCCUGUUUCACCCAGGUGCCAAUUAUGACUUGCUACCGUCAGAGUUCACGACUCUAGCAAGCUUGGCCGGGGGCGUAAAACCGGAUCUCCUUAUCUCGCAGCUGGAACUUCGACGAGAAACUAUAGAACAAGUAAUUGAAACUGCGAGUCGAGAAGGUAUUGACGUGCUAUUGAAUCCAGCGCCGGCAUCUUAUCUGAUGCCUAGGAUAUAUCGGAUGGUGACGCACUUGAUAGUGAACGAGACGGAGGCCGUGAUGCUGUCACCUUCAGACAUUGAUCGUCAAGAUGGAUGGGCAAACGUUGGAAACUAUUUUCUUCGGCUUGGAGUGAAGAAUGUCGUUGUGACUUUAGGAGCACAGGGUGCUUACUACUUGAAUGAAUCCGGGGGUGGCUAUGUCGAAGCCGAGAAGCAAUGCAUUGUCGUUGAUACUACUGGUGCAGGGGACACUUUUGUGGGUGCGUUUGCAGCGCAAUAUAUCCAACAGAUGAAUACGCAAGGUUGGGAUAUCAAGCUCGCGGUAGAGUAUGCAUGUAAAGCAUCCGCACGAACCAUUGAACACGUUGGCUGCUUAGACCCAAUCCCUUGGGCCGAUGAAGUCAAUAUACCCAGAGCCUCUCUAGACGCAGACAAGACAAAAGAUAUGGCAUGA